AAAGGUUCUUUGUUUAUCUGCUGCGGGAUUUUCACAAGCCUGAGCAUAGAAGAUACUUCUGUUUCCCAUCUAAGUUUGUGAUAUCUAUCAGGGACAGCUCGACGAAGGAAGCAGGAGCGCGCCGGACAACUCUCUUGUUGUCAGAUUGCGAGCAAUGGACAUCCUGUCUCAUUCAAGAGAGCACGGCGGCCCAGCCGAAGACGACGUCGAAGCCCAGGGGGCCAGUCACUCCAAUGGAGCAAAUUACUCGGCCGAACAACACGAUGGUGGCCAGAUGGCCGAGCCCGGCCGCGAUCAGAGUAGUGAACAUAUUAAAUUUGGGGAGUUUCGGAUGAACGUACCGGCCAAGAGUUCUGACCUGAAUGAAUAUGAGGCACUCGAUCGAUUCAUUACGACCUUCGAUGUCGAGCGCAGAGCGAGCCUCGCAAGUGGUAUUGGCAGAAGACGCAAGCAACCGAAAUGGUGGCAAUUCUGGAAAUCUAAAGACGGUGAAUUGGAAGAUGAGCCUCGGUCUACCGAAGUCGGAAAGCCACCAGACUCGUGGCUCGAAACCGAGAUCCGCGAUGGGUUAACCUCUGCUCAAGUAGAAGAAAGACGUAGACGAUUCGGUUGGAAUGAGCUGAUGGCGGAGAAAGAAAACAUGUUUGCUAAGAUUCUGAGCUAUUUCCAGGGGCCUAUCCUUUAUGUUAUGGAAAUCGCCGCAUUACUGGCCGUCGGUCUGGGCGACUGGAUAGAUUUCGGAGUCAUUAUCGGCAUCCUCUGUCUUAAUGCGUUUGUUGGUUUUUACCAAGAGAAGCAAGCAGCAGAUGUGGUAGCAAGUUUAAAAGGCGAUAUUGCCAUGAGAGCUCAUGUUGUACGCGAUGGUAAAGAAGAUCAAAUUCUAGCUAGGGAAUUGGUUCCCGGGGAUAUUAUAAUCAUUCAAGAAGGACAGACCGUUCCAGGUGAUGCCCAGUUGAUUUGUGAUUAUAGUAGGCCUCAUGACUUCGAACAAUUCAAAGAACUAAGAAAUGAGGACAAAUUUGGCGACGAGGAAGAAACUAAAAACGGUAACCAAAAGGCGAAGGAUCAGGAGAAGACUGAGGAGGAAGACGAUGACGAGUCGAUUCAUUUUGGCGAACCCCUCGUGGCUUGCGAUCAAUCAGCAAUUACCGGCGAAUCCCUCGCCGUGGACAAAUACAUGGGCGACGUUUUAUAUUACACGACGGGAUGCAAACGAGGAAAAGCUUUCGCUAUUAUGACUACAUCUGCCAAAUACUCCUUCGUCGGACGAACUGCAUCUUUGGUCCAAGGGGCUAAGGAUCAAGGCCACUUCAAGGCCGUGAUGGAUAGCAUUGGAACUUCAUUGCUGGUGCUCGUCAUGUUUUGGGUUCUCGUCGUAUGGAUUGGGGGUUUCUUCCACCAUCUUAGGAUCGCAGAACCCCACGUACAGAAUCUUCUCCAUUACACAUUGGUGCUACUAAUUAUUGGAGUUCCUGUUGGUCUCCCUGUAGUGACGACGACGACACUCGCUGUGGGUGCUGCGUAUUUAGCGAAGCAAAAAGCCAUUGUUCAAAAAUUGACGGCUAUCGAGUCCUUAGCGGGCGUCAAUGUACUCUGUUCUGAUAAGACUGGCACUCUCACGGCUAAUAAGCUCAGCAUUCGUGAGCCGUUCGUUGCCGAAGGCCAAGAUGUGAAUUGGAUGAUGGCCGUCGCGGCUUUAGCAAGCUCUCACAAUAUUGCAUCACUCGAUCCCAUAGAUAAGGUCACCAUCACAACAUUGAAACGUUACCCGAAGGCGCGCGACAUACUACGACAAGGUUGGGUGACGGACAAAUUCACUCCAUUCGAUCCCGUUUCUAAGCGAAUUACAACUGAAUGCCACUUGGGAGAUGAUCGCUACGUCUGCGCAAAGGGUGCGCCGCGUGCCAUCGUGAAUCUCGCAAACGUUAGCGAUGAAGUCCGUACUAUGUAUAACCAAAAAGCCAGGGAAUUCGCCUUACGAGGGUUCCGCUCUUUGGGCGUAGCGUACAAGAAAAAUGACGAGCCGUGGGUUUUGCUAGGACUUCUGUCCAUGUUCGAUCCUCCACGCGAAGAUACCGCACAGACGAUCAUCGAGGCGUCGCAUCUUGGCGUGCCUGUGAAAAUGCUUACUGGUGAUGCGAUCGCUAUAGCAAAAGAGACCUGUAAGAUGUUGGGACUGGGUACUAAGGUGUAUAAUUCCGAAAGAUUGAUACACAGCGGCUUGACCGGUACUGUUCAGCAUGAUCUUGUACAACGGGCCGACGGGUUCGCAGAGGUGUUCCCGGAACAUAAAUAUCAAGUCGUUGAAAUGUUACAACAGCGUGGCUCGUUAACAGCAAUGACGGGAGAUGGUGUCAACGAUGCCCCUUCUCUGAAAAAGGCGGAUUGCGGAAUCGCUGUGGAAGGGUCUUCUGAAGCUGCUCAAGCGGCUGCUGAUAUCGUGUUCCUGGCUCCAGGACUUAGCACCAUCAUCUUAUCGAUCAAGACUGCUCGCCAGAUCUUCCAACGGAUGAAAGCGUACGUGCAAUAUCGUAUUGCUCUGUGUCUUCACCUUGAGAUUUACCUAACGACGUCAAUGGUCAUCAUCAACGAGACUAUCCGUCCGGACCUCAUAGUAUUUAUCGCGCUAUUCGCCGACCUGGCCACCGUAGCAGUCGCAUAUGAUAAUGCCCAUGUCGAACCCCGUCCGGUAGAGUGGCAGCUGAAGAAAAUUUGGGUUAUCAGUGUGAUCCUGGGCUCUCUCCUGGCAGCUGGUACCUGGAUCAUCCGGGGCACUAUGUUCCUAGCCAAUGGAGGCGUGGUACAGCGGUUCGGUUCCAUACAAGAAGUCCUAUUCCUCGAGGUCGCCUUAACCGAGAACUGGCUCAUUUUCGUGACGCGUGGUGGGCGCACGUGGCCGUCAUGGCAGCUCGUAGGCGCUAUACUAGGUGUCGACGCGCUAGCUACCAUCUUCACCCUCUUCGGCUGGCUCUCCGGUAGUGGUGGCGGGGUAAUGGAAACGACGCCCCACACCUCAUUCCGCAACUCGCACAACGGGUGGACUGACAUCGUCACCGUCGUCGUCGUGUGGGCGUAUAGCAUCGGCGUGCUGAUCUUCAUCGCUAUCGUAUACCUUGCGCUCAACAGCUUCUCGUGGAUCAACAAUCUGGGUCGUAAGGACCGUAACAAAAAGGAUACGCAGAUCGAGAAUAUUAUCGGCCAUCUUAAUAAGCUUGCUGUCGAGCAUGAGCCGGAUCCGAAGACUGGUCGUGAUAAAUACUUUAUUGUAGAGAAAACGGCCGCUGAUGAAGAGGAUAUUUAAGAGUGUGCCACCUAUUCUUAUCUGUAUAGCCAUCUACUUGAACAUGGGCAUGUUGACUUGGAAGCAACGAUACUACAAGCAGCUAUUCUUUUGAUAUUGAGAAUAAUAUAUGAUAAUUCUCGUGCUCUAGUCAUUUCUGAAAAAGAGCAAACACCUGUUAUUGAAAUUGGAAUGCAAUCUAGAAGAGCAAAAACAUUGAUUAUUCACAAGAAUACCUAGGUACGUAGUUUGACCAUUUAAACAUUUGAUAACAAUUAUUACGCAUCGAAAAAGGGUAUACUAUGAAUUGAUAUCAACCACGCCUACAUGGCACCUAUCGUUAAAGACAACGAUAUUGCAUCCAUCCUAUUUUGUCUCAUUUCGUCUCA